GCGGCGCCGCGAUAAGGCGGCGGCGGCCGCGGCCGCUUAGGGACCACUGGUAGCGGCGGCAGCUCGCCCCCGCGCGCUCCUCGCACCCGAGGCUUCCCCCGAAGACCGACCCCCAUCCCGCGGCCCAGGCCGGGGCCCGAACCCAGCGGGUGCCGCGUCUCCACACUGGGCCUCCAUCGCCUCCAACGAGCCAUGUUCCAGGCCGCCGGAGCCGCCCAGGCCACCCCCUCCCAUGAAGCCAAAGGUGGCGGUUCCAGCAGCACGGUUCAGCGCUCCAAGUCCUUCAGCCUUCGGGCCCAGGUGAAGGAGACCUGCGCCUCCUGCCAGAAGACCGUGUACCCCAUGGAGCGACUGGUGGCCGACAAGCUCAUUUUCCACAGCUCUUGCUUCUGCUGCAAGCACUGUCACACCAAGCUCAGCCUGGGCAGCUACGCGGCACUGCAUGGGGAAUUCUACUGCAAGCCCCACUUUCAGCAGCUGUUUAAGAGCAAAGGCAACUACGACGAAGGCUUCGGCCGGAAGCAGCACAAGGAGCUCUGGGCCCACAAGGAGGUGGACCCCGGCACCAAGACAGCCUGAGGCCCCUCUGGCUGUCCACUCCCUCCUCCCCCCACAGAGGGCCUGGGGCAGGCAUCCGGAACGGUGGGAGAGAGACUGGACGGCCGGGCCCCGGGUGAGGGUGGAGAGGGGAUGAGGCCAUUUUGCUCAGGCAGAGGGUUGCAGGGGCAGGGCUCUGCUCCAGGAUGCCUUCCUUCUUCCUCAGCUGGUGGGGGUUCGGGAACCAGGAUUGGGGUUUGCUCACCACCCUACUUCCUGUUUCUUUCAGCCUACCCCACCUCACCCCAGGGCCCCCCUGGGAGGCCCUCAAACUCAGCUUCCCUAUCUAGGUGCCUUUUCUCCAGCAAGGAGUCAGCAUGCCCCCUCAGGGUCCCAAGCUCCCUCACUGCCACCCAGGGACCUGUGUGGCCCCACGUCUCCCCAUCUACCUCUGCCCUUAGCCUGGUCCUGAGCCAUGGAGACUGGAGGAAGGUGAGCCAGGGUGCCCCCUUCUGGGCCUCUCCAAAUGUCCCCCAGGACCCAGUGGGGGAAGGAAGGGGAACUGGAACAGCUCUGGGUCCCCUCCACCUGCAGAGGUGAGGCACGGCAUGCCUGUCAGGGCCAGGACCACCCCACAGUGCGUAGGCAGUGGAAGGGAAAGCACCCGCCAGGCUGAGAGCCACAGGGACUGGUGGGGGGCUGGCGGGGCCACAUUCCCCCUCCUCCCACUUCUGCCGGUUUUGACUGUUGUAAUCAAUCCUAUUUUAAACGUGUUUCGACAUA